CGUCACAGACAAACGACAGCUUGAGCAAAGACAGACAAAUAUAGAUACAUACAUAAUCAUCAUCACGUCAUGUCGGAUGUGGACCCAGGAUUGCUGGCCCAGUUCACGGCCAUGACCGACGCUGACCCUGGGGUGGCUGCUGCCUUGUUAAGCGACUAUCAAGGCGAUGUCAACAUGGCGCUGGAUGCAUACAUGAACAUGGCUGGUGGAGCAGGAACGGAGUCGACAGCAUCGACGUCUUCGGGUGCACAGGCGCCGGUGACGCGGAAGAGGUCGCGGUCACAGUCGUCACGAACGAAUCAAGUGUUGGAGGACGAGACGGCGACGCUCGAGGCGGAGGGCGGGGCUGGCGACGACGAUGGAGUGCGCGCGCCGAUCAAGCGCCGGCGGACGGCGUUGUACGAUGACCUUGAGGCCACAGCCGGCUCGUCAACGACGAUGGUGGCGCCGGGAAGACGACGGGCAGCGCAGUCAGCGCGGCGGACAGCAUCCGACCUCCGCCGGGCGCUGGCGGGUGGGCUCGCUGGCGGGCUCACCGCCGCCGACGAGCUGCAGGCCUUUCGCGACUUUCGGCGCGAGGAAGCCUUGUUCAAUAGGCUUGAUCCGGGAGGGACCAAGCGUGAGAGCCUGGCGCGCAUGUACCAGCCGCCACGGCACCUGAUGACCGACGGCACGCUCGACGAGAUCAAGAACCUGGCCGAGUCGACACAUCGGUUUGUGCUCGUCAACGUGCAGGACAUGAAUGAGUUUGCAUGCAACGUUCUCAACCGCGACGUGUGGUCCGAUGAGCGGGUCGCGCGCGCUGUCCGCGAGUCGUUUGUCUUUUGGCAGAUUCCGCAUGCCUCGGAGGCCGGCGCUUACUUUUGCACUCUCUACCAGGUCACCUCAUUCCCGUACCUUGCCAUCCUCUACCCACAAACUGGCGCUGUAGCCAAGGUGUGGGAGACGCCGCCGUCGGCUGACCAGCUCGUCGAUGACCUCGGCGCAUUUGUCCGCUCGGUGCUCGAGCCGCAGCAGGAGUCGACCAUCAUUGACGCCACCGAAGACGAGCAGCUCAAGGCUGCCAUUCAGGCCUCACUGGCGGCGUCGACCGCCAGCGGGACCGAAACCGUCAUCUCGCUCGAUGACGACGACGACGACGAUGACACUGGAGCCAUCGCCAUCUCUGGCUCGGACUCGGACUCGGACGUUGUCAUCAUUGUGCCCGACGACGAUGACGAAGACGACGACGAUGACAACGAAGAUGACGGCGAUGAGGACAACAUCAAUGACGCCGGUGGCGACCAGGCUGCAGGCGUCGAGGUGCUGCCCCCUGAGCCCGCAGCAGGCACGCCGGACACGACCCGGAUCAAGUUUGUGUUCCCCGAUGGCACUUCGUUGGUCCGGCGGUUUGCACUUGACUCGCCGGUCCGCCAUCUGUUCGUUUUUGCCGCCGCUGCGCCCGGUGCGCCAUCCGGCCUCGACCUCGUUGUCCCGCCGCGGAGCUCGCUGAGCAGCGAGCGCGAGCGCAGCCUUGCUGACGCCGGCAUCCGCAACGCCAUGAUCCGCGUUGUGACCUCGUAA